CAAAACAAUCAACAUUGUUCGAAAUUCGUUUCGAUCAUAAACAAUUGUCAAUCGCAGCUUUACUGCCAUGGCGAAGUAUUGUAUCAUUUUCCUACUAUUUGCGUGUUUAUUUGCACGAGUGACACAGGCCAAAAUAGUGAUUGUUGGGGCCGGAGCGUCGGGAAUAGCUGCGGCUGCAAAACUGAUAGAGAAGAACAUUACCGAUUUCAUCAUUCUGGAGGCCCAGGAGAGACCUGGAGGUCGUAUUCAAAGCAUCUUCUUGCUGGACGGUGAGGAGGGAGGUAAUGUGGAUCUGGGAGCCGAGUACGUGGUUGGAGAGGAAGGUAACGUUGUCUACGAGUUUGCAAAAGAUGACUUGAAGCAUUUCGACAAGACCAAGAAGUCGAAGGCUUAUUAUUCUGAUGGUACUUCCGUUGAUCAGGAGGUGCUGACUGAUAUUUCCGAAUUCAAGGAGGGUUUGAAGCAGCUGUAUGAGGGUAAAAAGCCGAUUUCUGUCGCUGAGGCGUUCAAGGAAAAAUUCAAAGAUUCCAUUCUGAAAAAGUAUGUUGAUACCCCAGCAAAAUCUAAGCAAGCUAUGGAUCUCCUCAGGGUCUGUGAGAAGUCAUAUUUGUAUCGUCAAGCAACAUUCGAUUGGUCGAAACUACUGCUAAAUGACCACUACAAACUCUCCAAAGGGGAUCAGAUGAUGAACUGGAACGGCAAAGGCUACAAACACUUCCUGGACCUUCUGAUGAGGAAAUUUGGUGACGAGCAUAGACUGCGGUUGUUUCCCAUAUAUUACUACAGCACCGUUGACAGCAUCAACUGGGGAAGUGAUGGAAAAGUUCAAUUACUAACUAAAGAAGGCCAGAACUACGAAGCAGAUCAUGUUAUCUUCACGCCAUCUGCCGGUGUUCUCAAGGAGAAACACGAGAAGCUUUUCACCCCAAAAUUACCGGCCAAAAAAGUUGACGCUAUUAAGGAUAUUGGUUUCGAAGCCGUCAUGAAAGUUGUGCUUCAGUAUGGCCAGAAAUGGUGGGAUGAUGAUGUUUUUGAAUUAGUGUUCGUUUUCAAUGCUGAAGACGAAAAAUUACUCACCGAAGAAUAUAAGGUGGGACAUCAGAAGGAUGGAAAAACGUGGUUGACCUCAUUCUACAAACUUAUGACUGCACCAGGUUUACCAAAUACCCUUAUCGCAUGGUUUUCUGGUCCUAUGGUUCCAGAAGUAGAAAAAUUGGACAUGCAGACUAUAAAAGAGGGAAUAGUUCUAUUAACCAAAAAAUUCUUGGGAAAACAGUACAAUGUGACAACUCCCCAAAUAGUAAUACCGUCCACGUGGUAUUCCAAUCCCAAUUUCAGAGGGGUAUGUUCCCACGAAACACUUGCUUCUGGAAAUAGAAAGACGCAGGUGCAGAAAGACAUUGCUGAGCCUUUAUUGAACAAUGCCAACAUUCCUGUUGUACUAUUCGCAGGAGAGCAUACUCAUGAGACUCAUUAUGGGACAGUCCAUGGUGCCGUGGAGUCAGGUUAUAGAGCCGCUGACGAGUUAGCAAAGCAUAUCCAUAAAAUUUAGUGAAUUUUAUACUCAUAUGAUUUUUUUUGAACUUUUAUUAUAUAUUGAGAUGAU